UGAAAUUUCGCGCAUAACAGUCACCGCCGACCCAUUCACAAAUAGACAGAAGCAACAAUUCGUGAAUCUUCUUCUAAUUCUUAUUGGUUUCAUUCAUAAAGUCGUGAUUUCCUAUCGCGCCUAUGUAGAGCAGCUCUAUAGAAAUCUGGAGUGCCCAAUCGCCGCGGUCUUCGUUCCAUUCGCUAUAAAUACAAGUAGCAGCUGUCAGUCAGUACAUUACCUCACUAACGAGCCAAGGGGCCCAACACCCCAGCGACCUAAGCCAAACUCAUUAAGCUUUUGUGAAAGUUCUGGAAGUUCGACUGAAGAAACAUGAAGACCUUUAGGACAGUUCUAUUGUGCAUCGGCACUCUCUCCAUCGCAUCAGCAGCCCCAACCAAUCGGGAUAGCUCAGCACAGGCCUCCGAAUACGAAUAUGACUAUGAAAGUGCCCCCCAGCAGCAAGCGCAAGAGCCUCAAGAAUCCGCUAGCCAUUACGACGCCUACAUAUCAGACGUCCAAGCCGCCGCUAGCGGAGACCCGCCGAAGAAGGGUUUCAGUAGAGGCAGUGGUCUAAGAACCAUUGCUGUCGGCUCAGCGAAUCAAGCGAAAACAGCGCUAGGGAACCAAGCCGCUGCCGGUUACCAAGCUGCUUAUAUGGCGAAGAAUACGCUAGCUCAGUCAGCGGCGCAGGCCAGUGCCACAGCGCAGGCAGCGCUUGCCGGCAAACAGGUGAUCUUGUCAGGAUUGGAGCAGCAAGUGAGAGACGCGAAGGUUGGACUGCAGGGAGAGGAGAUGCAGCUGCAGCAAGCUAAGCGAGCUGCACAGGCGGCCGCUCAGGCUGCUCAACAAGCUAUGCACCAGGUCAACGUGAUCCAAGCAGCUUUGAACGCCGCGCAAGCCACCUCCGAAAACGCAAACGAAGCCGCUUCCCAAGCAGCAGGAGAGCUCGGUGCACAGACCGCCAUGGUGGGCGCUGCCAGACAACGGCUGCAUACUCUGCAGGAGCAGCUCAAGGGAGUCAGGAUCGACUUCGAGGCCACCCAGGCUGCGGCUAGAAAGGCGCAGGCGGCUGCUCAAGCGGCCCAGGCUAACGCAGCGGAGGCCGCAGCGAAGGCAGCGGCGGCUGGUCUCGGCCAUAAACACGCGGAUGCGUCCCACGAAGGUACGGCAUACGAGGAGUACAAACAAGCACCACCGCAGGAACAGCAGCACCAGCAACACCCCAAACAAGAAUACUACACUAUUCAGUCGGACUACCACCACUAGUAGCAAUAAGGUUUUAGGCGAAAAUGUUCUAAAGAACUUACCUUUUUCAUUCAGUUUACUUUAGCGCAGAACAUUGCAGCAAAAAGAUGCGCAAUUGCGUAUCGACGCAGUUUUCCCGCUAAAAACGAUAUUGACAUUUCAAAGCAUUUACAAAGUUCGUUUGGAAAUGUUCCUGUUUCAGUAAACUGAAUAAAAAAAAAGUUUAAGAACUAAUUAUUUUGGCUAUUGUUAGAAUAGGACUUCAUCUUUUCAAAAAGCUUUUUGUUACUGUACAAUAUUUAUUUUUCAAUAACUUUGGAGCCUAUUCUAACUGUAGCCAUAGUUUUAAGUUUCUCUAAGUGUAAAUAUUUUUUGUUAAACUAGCUAAUAUUUUUUUACAACAACACAGUUUUAUUGUUAUCGUUAACUUUUUUAUACUACAUUUUUUAAAAUCUUUCUACAAUUUGGUUCCUUCUUAUAGUUUUGAUUCCGUUAGUACUUAUUUAUUGAAUGUUAAUACGAUAUGUGCGUACGAAUGCUUGCAAUUCUGUGUAUUACUGAAAAAUUUAAUGACACAAAAUUGAAAACACGAUUCCAUAUAGUUUACAGCAGUAGUUAGUAAAUUUUUAAAUUGCAGAGCUUAAUGCAAAAUUAAGUGCGAUGUCCGUUACAGUGUGAUACCAAGAUAGCAAUAGAAAGAUGUGUGAAGGAAAAUAAAAGAUGUUUCGUUAAUGUCUGCUUAUUUUAAUGGAAAGUUGACAACUGUGACUUAUUCUGACUCUGACUUUCAUACUACUUUUCAUAACUUAUAUCUUAAAACCAAACAUGACUAUUACUAUACGACUCUACUUGACAUCUCACUUAAUUCUAUUUGACUGGACUAACCCCAUCCGAAAUGUAGUUGAUAGAAAAAAAACAUACACUCUAACAAACUCACCAUCCCUUAAAAUAUAUAAAAGACAAAAUGUACCUAUAUUAUAUUUUUGACAUCAUUUUGUAAUGUUUCACAAGAUAUUUAACAUAGAUAACACCGAUAUUAAUAAGGCACUAAUAAUUCAAUCACCUAAAAUGAAAUUGAAACAAAUAAUCUUAAAAAUAAUGUUUUUAGAUUAGUAAGUACUUUAACACACACCAAACCACAAUUACACCUAACUAUUUUAAUAGCAAUUUUUCACACAUAGCUUAUGUACUUACGUUAACAUGACUAAUUGCAUAGUUUCAUUUAAUGGCUUGAAAAGGCAGAAUAUCUAUAUUAGGCGAAAACUACAUUUAGUUUUAAUUAUUUGGCUAAACAGUCAGCUAGCCGCAAGCUUAAUACAAAUAUUGCCUUCAUAAUAAUCGUGCAUUCUAGAUUCUGAAGCAGAUUUCGUAGGUAAGACUACUUCUGACUCUGGUCAAACUGUAUUUAAGCAACUAGGUAAUUACUCGAAGGCAGGUGGAAAGAAAAAAUAAAAAGGGGAUUUUCACAUUUGUGAUCAUAAGAGUUCAAGAGUUGUCUUCAGGUUAUAAGAGACCUUUGGUAAUGUAACCUUUAUAAGUUGGCUAAACCGUUCCGCUGUUUUGAGCACCUGAUUAUAUGGUUCAAGGCUUGAUUCCCGAUAAAUGCCUCCAGAGACUACUGAUAAUAUCUCACUUUUAGCUUAUAGCUUCGUUUUUCAAGCAAACUGAUCCUGCUUUGUCGCUAAACGGUGUAGUUAACACUUUUGUGUUAUAAAACGCAAGUCGCUAUAUUUUAAUAAAAAAAAAUAUGUCCAUGCCCCUUGAUUUCUAUUACAAUAGGUAUCGAUCUCAGUUGUAUAAUAAAUAGGUAAUAAAAUAACCUGUAACUAUGUAUAUACCCACACAUUCUUAUUUACUGAAGCCGAAUGAUUAUGUUCCUCAGCAUGCAAUGACUUCACUAACGGCAAUUGUUUAAAUGGAUUAAGGCAUGGAGCUAAGGCCUACACUGUACAUGAUUCUGGGUUGAAUGACAGUUACUCUACUGUUCUUUAAGAGGAUCAAUACACUCGUUGCGAUCCUCAAUGUCCCAUUGUAAAAACAUUCAACUUGUACAUAAUCUCCUUUCAGUCUGUAUAUAUUCCAUUAUGGCUGUCCUGCUUUCUUAAUAGAGUUAGGUCGGGUGAUUUCCUCGCACCUACAGCGAAUCAAGACGAUUCGUUAAGCGUGCUUUUCCAUUCUUUCAGAAAUCGUCGCCGAUGCGCCGCAUCCGAAGUCGAGCGCAAAGCUAACUUCUCUACAACUAAAACAACAGGACGUAGAAUAUUACCAGGAUAAUGCUCCUGAUAGAACAGCUCAUGAACCUCUUAUUUUCACACUUGAUUCCCAAUCAAAACGGCCAACUGUGAAUUCGGACAACCCUGUAGAGGUUCAAAUCAUAGAAAACCCCACCAAUACUGAGGAACAAUCGCAAACACAAAAACAUCAGGUUGCAAACGAGAAUUACUCUGAAGCACCACAACAGUCUUAUGACAGCAGAAAGGAAAAUUAUUCUUACCCAAAAGCAUUUCCGGAGGAAUAUGUAGAUUUUAAGAACUUCUUUCAAGAAAGUGAAAGGAGUUCUUGGGAACCCAAGGAGAAUAGUUGGUGAAGUCAAAGCUGCACCACCAAAGAAAGCUCAUGAAGCAGAAGAGGAAGAGGAGGAGGAAGGUGAUGAAGACGACGAAGAAGAACAGGACGAAGACUGCGAAGAAGAAAAAUAAAAAUCGAACGUUUAUUUGAAUUUUUAAUGCCAUUUUAUUUUUUUUAGGUAUAAUAAUAUACAAUCGUUAAGUUUUUUAUUAAAACAAUGUUUUUUGUUAUAGAUGAAGAUUGUUUUCUUUUCCAUUUCGUAAUUUUCCUGGACAGGAAAUACAAACGAACUUUUAAACGUGUAAUGUAAUGUCUUAUGUUAUCGUUUUUAAGUCACGCAUAAAAACAAGUUAUAAAUUCUUCUAAAUUAUUAAACCAUGAUAUUAGCAAAAAUACUCAAUUAUUAUCGUUAUUUGCUGGAAAAUCUAAAAAAGUUGAUAGCUACAACCAUGUUACUACUGACAAGGUACCUCUGUGUGCAACGCAAUUGAUUAACUUUCGGAAUGUAGAUCGGAACGUAACCAUUGACUUGACAUAAUAUAGUAAGGGACUUUUAGUUAUAGGUCCCGGAGACGAUCAAGUCUACGUGAUUGAAGCGAAUAUUGAUCGUUUACCGCUUUGACUUGACGCUACCGUUAUGCACACUACCGGCUUAAUGGGUAUUGACAUUACUUUUGAUUGACGGCGCUUGAUGCGAUUGCGCUUGAAACGACUUGAUGGGAAUUGACAAGUCUUUCUCAUUUGCGGCCGCAACAUUGAAGUUGGAGGAACUAAACGCAGCAAUAGCGAAAAGACAUUAUUACCUAGUGCGAUUUUUUUCUAUUAUUAAUAUAAUAAUAAUACAGGAACUCCUGCACUAUGGAAAUUUAAUAGUAAGGCAGCAGACAAAAAUUGCGAAAAGGGCGAUUACAUUAGCAGUCAUAGAUACCGCUAUAGACAUGGCAGAUCUGGCAUUAUCACCGUUGGAAAUCAUUUUAGCGUUCCGUGUCCAAAUGGCAAAAAUGAGACCCUAUUACUAAGAUUCCACUGUCCGUCUGUUUGUCUGACACCAGGUUGUAUCUCAUGAACUGAAUAAAUAUAUAAGGGGAGCUCCCAUAUAACAAGCGUAAUUUUUUGCCGUUUUUUGCUCUAUAUUGAUAACGGCAAUAGGUAAACGUUUGAAAUAUUCACAAAAUAUAAAGAUAUUCACUCUAAAUUUAAAAAAUAAACGUUUUAGUUGAGCUCCCAUAAGAUUUUUGCUCGAUAUUAUAAUAUAGUGCCUAAUUUUGUAUAGAUAAUACGAAACCCUUUGUGCGCGAAUCUGACUUGCACUGGAUUGGUAUUGAUUUGAGAGGACUUUCAUUCGUGUCACGAGCACGGUUGGUAGGCGACUGUAGCGUGCGCACUUAACAUCACCAUCAAUGGGCGUCAAGUCGCUUAUCAAUUGAAACCGUCAAUAACGUAAGACUUGACAAAUCCAAUUGAUCGUCUCCGGGACCUAUUAGACCAUGUUAUUUAACUCUUCAGUUCCCAUGUUAAAAUAGGUGAAAAAUAUCAUUGUUUUGAUAGAACAUAAAUAAAUUGUGUUUAGAUACGCCAAAAAAUAAUUAAAAGAUAUAUAUUGGACAGGACACCACAAGCUGAAUUGCGGCUCGGAGAUGUACCAUAUUUUUGCAGGUAUAUAUGUAGGUAGCCACAUACACAUGGAAAAUCGCAGUAGGUGCAAUUGUGUUCAGACUGUCUUUUUAUAAGCCAUGCAUUUUGGCAAGCUGCAUCCAAAUCCGAUCCACUUUUCUGACAGGGUCUAAUCAUAUCAGCUAUAAAAUCAACAUUGUCAACUCAAAACCAUUCAACUGGACUCCUCUCCUUCUGGGAUUUACUAAAAAUUUCUUGGUCAGUCUCCUUUCCCGCAAGAAGUAAAAGAAAUAUUGCUGACUUUGGCAUAUUGGCAUACCAAUUGUUUUGUCUUUGGUGCAGUGACGUCAAUAUCUUCGCCUUCUUCCAGGUCAUAAGAACGAUUUUCUCCACUAUACAGACCUAUUUUGUAGUUCCACAUGAGACCGAAGCAUACGAUUGGGAAGAUGUAGGGAUAUUAGCUUCAUUUUCAUCUCUACUGUCUACGUCAGUCACUGCACCAUCUUCAGGAGGCAAUAAAAUAAUAUCACCUGGGUCAUCCUCGACCUCCGACAACAUUUAUAUAGCGAUAAGCCGAUAAUAUGUAGCCAAUAGUCUUGUGAUUACUUUGUAUGAAUUCAAACAAUGUAUGAUGAAGCCUCUCUGAGUUUGUUUCGCCAGUUCUUCUCAGAAAGGUCUCCCAAUUUUGGAACUGUCUAGGCAUAUUUAUUUCACUUUUUAUCUCAAGAAAUCAUACAGACUAGGACAGGUCUAAAUUUCGCACAAAAAAAUGAAUGACUUUGAGAGAUGACGUUCGGUUAGUGUUGC